AUGGCGUCAGACAGCGCCCCGCAGAACGGAGCCGCGGAGGUCUCCGUGGCUACCCCCAACAAGAAGCUCCAAGGACGGCAGUUCUACGAGAGCAUUGGGAGCCCAAAGUACAUCGUGGCUCCCAUGGUUGAUCGGUCUGAAUUUGCAUGGCGCAUGCUCACUCGAUCAUUCAUGCCCGCGGACGAGCCGAAACCUCUCCUCGCAUACUCGCCCAUGUACCAUGCACGUCUGUUUGGCGAACAACCGAAAAUGCGCACACAGCACUUUCAGCCCACUCGCGAGGCGAACGGCGACAUGAAGCGAAAGGACGAGUUGUUCCUUGACGGAAACCCCAAAUUCGACCGUCCCCUCUUUGUCCAGUUCUGCGCAAACGAUCCGACGGAAUUCCUGGAAGCUGCGCGACAUGUGGCUCCGUACUGCGAUGCCGUUGACCUGAAUCUGGGUUGUCCACAAGGAAUCGCAAGAAAGGGCCAUUAUGGUGCUUUCCUCCAGGAAGACUGGGACCUCAUUUAUAAACUUAUUAAUCGACUACAUACGGAACUUUCAAUCCCGAUCACCGCAAAGUUCCGCAUCCAAGAAACCAAAGAGAAGACUUUGGAGUAUGCCAAGAUGAUCCUGUCUGCUGGCGCAAACAUUAUCACCGUGCAUGGCCGCCGGCGAGAGCAGAAGGGACACGAGACAGGAGUGGCAGACUGGAGCUACAUCCGGUAUCUGCGCGAUAACUUGCCUCCGGAGACUGUCAUUUUCGCCAAUGGCAAUAUUUUGAACCAUGAAGAUAUUGAGCGCUGUCUGGAAGCCACUGGUGCGGACGGUGUGAUGAGCGCAGAGGGAAACCUUUCCGAUCCCACGAUAUUCAGCAAAGCUCCACCACCUGGCAGUGAAGGGCGGGAAUACUGGCGUGGACGAGACGGCAAGGGUGGUUACCGAAUUGAUGCAAUCCUCCGAAGAUAUCUCGACAUUAUUUACGAAUACGUCCUCGAGCAGCCUAUUCCAGAGCGAAAGCCACUUUACCUCCCCUCCGACCCCAUCGACGAGGCAGAGAAGGCCAAGGAGGAAGAACAAGAUGAGGAAGCGGACGGCCCACCCAGAAAGAAACAAAAGCGCGAGAAGCUCAAGCGGACCAAUUCUCCCAGCCUGGGUGUCAUGCAGGGCCAUCUAUUCCAGGUGCUGCGACCGAUGAUUUCUAGCCACACAAAUGUUCGUGAUGCGCUCGCUCGGGCAAGGCCCGGGGAUAUGGCUGCCUUUGAGAAUGUCCUCUCUCUCGUGGAAAAGGCUGUCAAGACAGGACUUCAAGAGUAUGAGGUCUCGCCCGAAAAGUUCGAGAAACAGCCCGAUGUAACCUUGACUGGGUCGAAGGCUACAAUUGCCGAGUACGGCCGACCUUUCUGGGUUUGCCAACCGCAUGUUCGUCCUCUGCCUGAAGAAGCUUUGGUGAAUGGCGCUCUCACUGCAAAGGGGAAGAACACUGUUCCGAAAGACAGUGCAGAGAAGAAAGAUAAAGAGGCGACAGGGACCGAAGCCGUGGCUGUGGAAGGUGUUAGCUCUGCUACGAAUGGCGAUGCUACGAAUGGCGAUGCUACGAAUGGCGAUGCCAAAAACGGUGGCACUACAAGCGGUGAUGCUACACCUGGGGAUGUUGUAACUGGCACAGCAACCACACCUGAUAACCUUGUGAGCGGAUGA